UUCUUUAUAUUUUAAGGAUUCUCAAUACCAAAUAAUCAGGUUACACCACAUUGUUACAUUAAAUUCCUACCAAAUAUUAUGUUGCAAUCUGAUUCCUAUCAACCAAACGAAGCCUUAAGUUUUUUCUUUUUAACUUGUCUCCGGUCUCCCCACGUAAUUAUGUCUUCUUUGUCAACACACCAAAAAAAAGCACGGAAUUUGAUGCUCUGAAAACUCAAAACUCUCACUAUAAUUCUUCAUCAUUGAUCAAUGAUUCAUUCAUCUGGAAUUGGCAGACACUUCUCGGACAUGCCAAUUCGUCAACUCUUCUUCAAGAAAGGACGCUCUGUCACCACCUCUGCUACUCCUCUGCUUCUCUUCUUAUUCUUCUUCAUCAUCUUCAUCUUCUUCUUCUUCCUUGCCUUCAUAUCUUCUUCUCGGUUUGACUCUUCUCUGUUUUCGAUUGAGAAUUCACCGGAAAAACCCAUUAUCAUAUCACAGAGGCAACAAGGACUAAAACCCAUUAAGAGAAUCGAAUACCCACCACUAAACUGCAUGAAAACAAGUUCAAACCAAACACAGUCCUGCCCCACAAACUACUACCCGAAUUCAUUCGACCCGGAGCCCCAUGACCCGCCCGAAUGCCCGGACUACUUCCGCCAGAUCUACGAGGACUUGAAACCCUGGAAUGUCACCGGAAUUGUCAGAGAUAUGGUGGAGAGAGCCAAAACAACCGCACACUUUCGAUUAGUGAUUGUCGGGGGAAAGGCGUAUGUUGUGAGGUACAAGAAAUCAAUACAGACGAGAGAUUUGUUCACAAUUUGGGGAUUAUUGCAGCUUCUGAGACGGUACCCGGGAAAAUUACCGGAUCUGGAUUUGAUGUUUGACUGCGACGAUCUGCCGGUCGUGCAAUCGAGAGACUACCGGAAUCGGCGGCAGAAUGCGACCGGGCCGCCACCGUUGUUUCGGUACUGCGGUGACAGGCGGACCAUGGACAUUGUGUUUCCUGAUUGGUCCUUCUGGGGAUGGGCUGAAAUAAACAUAAAGCCAUGGGACAGUAUAUUGAAAGAAAUAAAAGAAGGAAACAGUAGGACCAAAUGGUUGGACAGAGAACCAUAUGCCUACUGGAAGGGAAACCCUUUUGUGGCUAAAACCAGACAGGAUCUCAUCCCUUGUAAUGUCUCCGACCACCACGACUGGAAUGCUCGCCUUUAUAUCCAAGACUGGAUCCAGGAAGGCAAUGGAGGAUUUAAGCAAUCAAACCUAGCAAACCAGUGUACUCACAGGUACAAAAUCUACAUUGAAGGGUAUGCCUGGUCUGUAAGUGAAAAAUACAUCCUAGCUUGUGAUUCAGUAACAUUGAUGGUAAAACCCCAUUACUAUGAUUUCUUCACAAGAAGUCUACAACCAGUUCAACACUAUUGGCCCGUAAACGACAACGACAAAUGCAAGUCCAUUUAUUUUGCCGUAGAUUGGGGCAACAGACACAAACAGAAGGCGCAAGCGAUUGCUAAGGCGGCUAGUGAGUUCAUGCAAAAGGAGCUGAAAAUGGAGUAUGUGUACUACUACAUGUUUCAUUUGUUGAAUGAGUACGCUAAGCUUUUGAAAUACAAGCCUGAAAUCCCUGAAGGGGCUGUGGAGAUGUGUUCGGAGACCAUGGCGUGCCCCGCGGAAGGGCGAGAGAGGGAGUUCAUGAUGGAGUCAUUGGUGAAGAGUCCUCAUGUUACAAGUCCAUGUACUCUGCCUCCACCUUAUGAAAGAAAAAUGCUUGGGGCUUUUUAUAGGAGAAAGUUGAAUGCUAUAAAGCAAGUAGAGAAGUGGGAGAAGGAGUUUUGGGAAAGUCGCAACAAGAAUCGUCAGUUGUAGCUAGCUAGAUAGUCAGUACAUAUAUAUAUACUUUUUCACAUGUAUACCUACAUAUAGGGAACUUUCUUUUUGGUCACGGAUAAUGUAUGUAUGUUCCUCUCCUUUUUGAAAGAAUGUGGAAUGGAUGAACAUGCUAAAUUAUUGUAUGUGAUG